AUGGCGACAGUUCGGGAGACUAGGAGUAAUCCAGUUCCCAAAUUUGCUAUAGGAGAAAAAGUCCUCUGCUACGAGCCUGAUCCUAACAAGGCCCGAGUGCUAUAUGAGUCAAAGGUUUGUUUAUUUAGAACCAUUUGUAGAUAAAUUUGUCGAUAACUGUUAGUGAAAUGGAACCAAGAAAACUCAGCUGAGAAACUCUGGCGUGACACUAGCAGUCUGACAUCAACACGCUUAGCUAGUGCCGAAGUGGCGUGUUUUUAUCCUGCAUAUUGUCCGCGGUUUUGCGGAUAAUCAUCAAAAUUCUUGAAUCAGAGGUAUAGAGGUUUCGAGUUAAUCAGCUUUACUUGUAUUUGAUUUCAUUUUCAUGUACUGCGCUUUUAAGCUGUACAAAACCAACAACUAGAUUAAAAGUUUAAAUUUUCUACCCUCCACGGGUAAUGUGAACGUUAAAAGUAGAGUGGCACAUGUAGUGUCCUUCACUUAAAAAUCUCUCCACCAUCGCCUCUCGAAUGUAUCCAGGUGUUUCAUACAAUUGCUUGUUAUAAAAAGCGUCCGAGCGGAAUUUAAUCGUUCUAAUUCAAUUAAUUUGCGGUUAAUAAAUGAUCUUUGUUGAUGUAAUGUCACUUUUAACCAGGUUCUAGAAGUUGAUAUCACCAAAGAUGACAAAGGAAAAAGGGUUCCAGAAUAUUUCAUUCAUUUUAAUGGUUGGAACAGAAGGUAACUCAGUCUAUACUGUAGAUAUAACAUUUUAUUACCAAAUAGUGAUCAAUGCAAAGAAAGAAGGUAUGCACCAUGAGGAUCAUGUAAUGAUAUUGUUUGUAAAUAAAAAUUGUCACAGCUAAUGAACUAUAAAAAUGAUUGCUUUGCCAGGAUACUGACUUUCCUAUUUAAGUUAAUCUAUAUUAAAAGAAUGUACUACAUAAACAAUUGUUAUUUUAUCAGCUGGGAUCGCUGGGUGGUGGAAGAUCAAGUUCUGAAAGAUACAGAAAACAACAGAUCACUUAUGAGCAGACUCCACGAGCAAGCACUGAAGUAUGUUGUUAAAAAUACUAAUAAAAGUGAAUUUCAGGAGCAAAGAAUUUAUAAUCAAAUUCAGUGGAGUCUUAAGUGCUCAGUUCAACAUAUUUUCAAAAUUUUCAUGGCUAGAACAAGGAUGAAAAAGAAGAGGAGGUUUCUUCAAGGUUCAGAAAGCAAGGACUCUGAUGAUGCUGGCAAAUCUGAAAGGAAAUCCAUUUCAGAAGUGGUUAGUCUGUCUCCAGUUUGUUUGUUUGUUUUUAUGGUUUGUUGUUGUUUUUUAAUUGUUGCUGUUUUCUUUGUUUAUUUUGUGUGGUUUUUGUUUCAAAUCCAAGAAUGUAAUGUACCUCAUGUGAGUUUUCCUGGCUGGUUUGAUACAACUUGGGAACUCAUGACAAAAAAUUAAUGUUUUGAAGGUGGAAAACCCAGAACUACCAAAAGUUGAAAUUGAAAUACCAAGCCAGUUGAAAUUGAAGCUUGAAGAUGACUGUUACUUUAUUAAAAGAAAAAAGAAGGUAAUUACAACUGAAAACUUUCAUGGUUAUUUCUCCCACUUAAAAAUCAAAUACAAAGUUAAAAUCAUUUAUGAUUUUGAGGCUUGCUCUCUAUCACACACUGAUAGUCAUUCACUGUAAGAAGUUUCUUAUAACUACUAAUAUUUGUACACUUCCCAUUGGUGACUGGGAUGGUUGAAAAUAUCUUGUGCAUCUGUCAGAUUUCAUGUUAUUGUUUGAGAGGGUUCCCCUCAUUCACAACUUCUUCAAUUUGUUUUUUAUCUUCUCUGACAAAAAAUUUUGGGGGGGAGGGGCACAGACACUCUACCUCUUGAAAUUUCCUACAAUUCUACUUUGGUUUGCAACAUUGAAACAUUUUGAUGUAAUUUUUGUUAUGGUUAGCAUCAUGCCACAUCUUUACUCACCAACAGGUGAGUAGGUGUUUUUAAACUGAUUGACUGCCUGUGUGUUCCUAACCAGUUCAGCUUCUUAUAAUUCAGUCCAUGGUCCAGAUUUUUUCCUCUUUUGCACCAUUUGUGGUAAAGCAAAAAAAAGCAAAAAAGCCAAAAAAAUAAAGAAAGCUAUUCACAGACCUAGGUCUGUAUGGGAACACACCAUACUGCCUUUUUGAUAUGAACCUCCCUCCUGGUAAAUAACUUACAUUUUCUUCCCAGCUUGUGAAGCUUCCCAGGACACCAAAUGUUGUUCAAGUUCUUCAAGAUUAUUUCCAGCAUUAUCAGGAAUUUUACCCUGGACAGAGGUAAAUAAUGCAAAUGUCCAUGGCAAGUACAUGCAACUACUAUUCGUUUCACAGAAUGAACUUGUUAUUUUUAAGGUAGCUUCAUAGUAUUUGCUCAUCUUAUUAUUUACUAGCCAUAAAAUAUUAGCCCAGUAAUCUUCAAAUCUUUGCUAACCUACAGCUCAAACUUGGUCAAAGAGGCAAUGGAUGGUCUCCGCAUUUAUUUUGAUUUUACUCUUCCAACUUUGUUGCUUUACAACUUUGAACGUGAGCAAUAUCAAAUGGUCAUGAAAUUCACCCCUCACCCUGAGGAAACUAAGGACAGACAUCAAGAAGAAUUAAAUGGAAAAACACCAACAGAUAAUAAAUAUGGAAUAGUUAGUUCAUCCACAGAAAGCUCUCCUGUGAAGCAGGAUUUUGCAAACAUUGUUACAAAUCAGACUGAUACAAAGGAAGGAGAAGGUGUGCACUUCUAGUCCAAGUGAUUGAGGGUUAAAAUGAAUUUAAACUAGUUUGAUUUGUGUUUUGCCUUCUUGAAGGAUUCAAGCAAUGUAACUGGGAAAAGAAGGAAAUGUUAAUCAAACUAGUUUGGAACCAUUUUGACUGGAAAUAUAUUGUAAAAUACAACCUAUUUAUUCUCCUUGCUCAUUAUUACAAAUUCUAUCACGUUAUUUCUAAGCAUUUGAUAAUUGUUGAUCAGAGGGUAAUCACUGAAUAUCAGGUAGUAGGUAAUCACAUGUCCAACACUCUUCACUCAAUUUAAAUUUCAUUGCCCUUCCCUUUAACUUUCAUUUGCUUGGUCAUUGGAUGGCAUAACCCUACAUCAUUGUACAAUGAGGAGGCACAAUGCAAGCAAACAUUACAAGGCACUGUUUGUCCAUUAUCCCACCCCACCCCCUCACAUGUUUUUUUUGUACACCCAUGAUUCUUAAUUUGUUUGCACUCUAGACAAUAACUCAUUAGAAAUUGGAGCAUACUAAACACUAGUACACAAUUACUAAAUAAUUUUUUUUUUUUUUAAAUGAUAAAGAUAAUUUUUGGUAUUUUUACAUUUUAAUUUUUGAAAUAAAUUGUAACUGUAAAGUAGCUGUGGUUGUUAUCAAUCACGUUUUGAACUGGAUUGAGUUGGACUAACAAAGAACUUAGUUGAGCUUUUGUGAUCUAUCAGGAAAGCGUGGCCACUUAUGCAUCAGUAAACCUGGGUAGCAGAAAUCAAGAAGAUUUAUAUGUUGCUUGUUACUUUCUUUCCCUUAGCCAAACAAGAAAGACUUCUACGUCGACGUACGCCCAGAAAUUCACCGGCAAAUGUUGAGGCUUCCCAGUCUGCAACAGUGUCAUCCACUUCAUCGAGUCCAGAAUGCAAUGCUUCCGCACCAAAACGGGUAAGUUAUCUUUGUUCCUUACUGCAAUUGCCUCCUAUGUCAACUUCCAGUCCACCGGACCAUGGAAUUUUUGAAGCUUGACCGAGCGUAAAGAAACUAAGAAGCUGAAAAACAGUAUAGUAUCCACCAAAACAACCCACCUCUUUUGGAGAUAUGACGAAUAACUUCCUUGAGCAAAUGAAACAAGCGAUAGCCUCAGUGAUGCUUUAAAUGACUGAAAAUAUCAAUGAGGUACCCAUCGAGUGUUAUUGUUUUUAUUCCUCAGAAAGCAAUGGAGAUAGAGGAUUGUUCGUCUCAAAUUACAGCAGCAACAUUUCCAAGUUUACCCAUUCCCUGCUCGCUGAGUGUUUCUACCCACACGAUGCCUUCACAGGUCUACGGACCUGAGCAUUUAUUAAGAUUAUUCGGUAAGUUAUUUAACCAGAAAAAAUGACUGUAUAACGCUCAAAUCGCCAUUUUCCUCUUUCGGAUUAUGUUGAGAUUUUUAUGCUCGGAGAGCCAGAAUUUUUCUUAGAGGACCGAUCAAAUCCGAUGACUACUGAUAUUUCCCAGGGAGCUCAGAAAUUUUUAGAAGGCGGCCGGAGGAGUUAUGCCACAAUUUUGUGAUUUUUGCUCUCCCUUCGACAUAGUUAUGAAAUCCUCAUUGUUGUGAUGUAAGGGAAACCUUGGUGAAUGUCGCAAAUUCCAACAAAACGUAGACAUUUUUCAUGAGUAUUGAAAACUUUUAUAUUUUCCCGUGUAGUCAAACUGCCUGGCUUGUUAGCAAGAACAGAUAUGCCCGAGAAGAAUCUUGACGUACUUUUGGAGCAAAUAAAUACAUUUCUCAGGUGGGUGCUCAUGUAACUUCUCAGACCGUCCUUGCUAAUUGACUAGUCAUUUCCUAGACCGCAUACUUCCGUGGUAGUGCAAAUAGAUAUUGAAAGAAAACAAUCAAUGCAGCUGAAAGAAAGAUUUGUGUUUAUCCCAUAGGUAGACUAUUCGCCAAUGUUUUCUUUUUGAAAUAACUGGUUGCAUGAUGAAAUAUGAAGCUGAAGGGAAAUCUUGCCCGCUCUAACGAAGGGUUAACGCUUAAAACGGCAGCUUAGAAACUCUUUACGGUGGUCAAUUUACAUCAUCAACUCAGUUGAUAAAGCCAAAUUAUCUUGUUAUACUCCCUCAGUGACGCAGCACCAUAGUUUCUUUAGAAACUUACCCCCUUUAUAAAGUUGGAGAAAGUUAGGAUUAUGUUUUAACCAUGAAUAGCCUUAAAAUUUACGGUUUCAGUUUCUCAUUGAUAUCAAAUCCCUUGUACGUUGGAAGCUUUAACAUUUCAUUCGAGGAAAGAUAGUUUCAUAAUUUUUUUUUUAUGUGUGUAAUUGCAGGUAUCUGGCGGAGAAUUCUCACACCUUGUUCCCCGAGGACGUUUAUUACAACUCGCUGCUGUGAGGAGGGGGCUUGAACAGCUUCUUUACAUCUCUGUUGAAAACAUCUAAAAGAAACAUUACUUCAUUUCCUCUUUUCACAAAGCUUACGAUUUUCCUUUUCCAUUGUUGAAUCAUUUCAUGUGUUAAAAAAUGUCAUACGUUUAAAUUCCUUUUGAUCGGGGGUUAAUCUGCACACUGCCACAUAACCUGAAGCAAAACUCUACUAUCUUUCUCUCCGUCGGUUGUAAAUAUCUUUCUCGUGUACGUUUACGCAUGAAUAUAACAAAUAUUAAUUUAUUUCGUAUCUAUGCUUGAAAGGGACUAUGCGCCUUUUUGUUAAGAAUCCGUUCGUUUGUUAAUAAAAACGCUUUUUAGUGACCAAUUUGUAAGAUAAACACAAGUCUUGGAGUACACUUUAAUUAUCUUAGUGAAAUAAUACGAAAAUGGUCAUGGACCGACACGAGUCAACCCGCAGGACCCUAUUUCUUAAAAAAAAUUUAAAAAAUUGCCAGCGGAAUUCAAAGCUCUUGCACGAAAUCGAGGCGAGUGGUUAGACAGUCCAAGAUGGCGCCCGAACCCCGACAUCGCUCAAGAAAGAAAGACAGGAAUAGUUUACGUUCUCCAAACGUCUAACGCAGUGAGAAAUUUUUACUAUUCUUAAAUGGUGCGAGUAGAGAUCAGAAUGACGAUGUGAGGUGAAAACAGAAGACGCAAGACGGCGUUAAUUUGUUAAGAAUAUCGAUCUCCAUGUAUCCUUUGUGUAUAUAGAGACCGACUAUCGUUGAGUCGUUGACCUCUGAUUAAACGAGUGUUGGUCAUCGGAUUCAUGUGAUGUCACGCUCCUUGAAAGUUGAUUAGAGACGUCACCAGAUUUAACAGACGAAAGAUCGCACUAAAUUCGCGAGAAGUAUUUCAAGCAAUACGUUCACCACUCUACAUUUAGCACUAGCAUAGCGCUUGAAUUCGUCUUGUGUAAGACACUGCUGGUGCUGUUAGACACUACUCGCCUGCACAAUUAUCACGACUAACUUCAAAAUGAUGGUGUGGCUUUUAAAAAAUAAAAAUUAUGUUUGUUAUGCCUCUGUUGAUGUAAUAGCCUCGAUCUCAAGCUAGACAAGUAUAGAGUGCUGAAGAUUGUACUUUUUAUCGGUCAGAUCUGUGAUAGUAAACGUAUAUUUAGUUUUUCGGUCAAAUCCUCAGUAAAUACGGUACAAUACGUAAGCUUUUUUGCGGGAAGAGGGCAACAAAACGACUAUUAUGCGGAAACGACGAGAACAGAACGCGGUCAAGUGUAGAUAUGACAGAAUGCAAAACAUGUCUCUGUGUUCAAUCAGCUGUGAAUACAACAUUGUUUCCAAGUGCAGGUCGACAAUUCAGGUGUUGAACACCUCAACAAACAAGCUAGUGUAGAAACAAGAACGUGUAACCCAACUAUAGCAUUGCUGUCACUCCGACGGUUCCGGAAAAUCUUAAUUUAAAGAUGUGCCUUACACCAGGAGCCCAUGGUGGGCUCCUGCUUUCAUCUAUCAAUAAGGGUCAUCAUCAGCCGAUUAAAGUCAUUAGAGAAGCGCAAACCUAGUGUCCAGAUGAUGACUUUAAACAAAAACGAAAUGCAACCAUUAAGCAGCAAAGGCUGACUUUAAAAUAUCCCACUCUCUCUAGGGCUACAAAGGAAUAAAUCCAGUUACCAUAGCUACUUGCUAUCUUGAGUCACUCUCCGAGGCCCUUGUGGUGUACGGAGAAAUAGUAAUUUAAGCUGGUUCAGGAUUGUUACACAUCAAAUGCCACAUAAUGACAGCAGAAACGAGGAGUUAAAAUGUGUCCGGUUUUUGUAUAUGAUUCCAAGUUCGUGUGCGGAGAUAAGACGACGGUCAAUAGAUAGUUUAUCAAAACAAGAUCACUAAAAAUAUUUCUUUUAAUUAUUUCCAUUUUUAUGUAUUCUUAACCAUAAAAUGAACCUCAAUAACAAAAACUUCGUCGAAUUACUAUGACUGAAAUUUGAGAAUUGAAUUGUUUGAAAUUUGCAAAAUUUUAAAAAGAUCCAUUGUGAGGAAGGUACUUCAUGCCUAAACAAAAGCAUUUGAUUUUCGAUUUCUGACUAAAUUCCACUCUCUCUUCGUUUACCAUACUUUAUUUUCCCAAAAGCAAGGGUUUAUACAGGUGUGAGAGCACAGUCGAACCAGUUUUCCUACUUAUGUACACACAUCUCAGACAGCUGCAAAUACAAAAAUCAGCUCGAGUGUAAACUGACUGUUGUUAAAAGCUUUCGUAAGGUCUCCGACGAACUACAGUUGUGAAGCUACUCGAAGGUAUUAAUCGAUCGUGUUUUAACUCUGUAAAACUAGACUAGUGCGCCACUCAAGAAAGGUAAAUCACUUAUCUCUCACUAUCCUGGUCAACGUUUUCCCCCUCUAGUAAGAUCAAUGUUGUGAAAAAAUAUCAAAGAUACUACAGUUCAAACUCACUCAUGGAAGGAAAGUAUACAAUUUUAACCUGGUUUUCCGUGAAGAGUUCUUAACGAAGAAAUAGUGAGGCAGACAGGCAUUGAAAUAAAUACAAAUGAAUGAGGAAAGCGAAUUAUCGUAUAUGUAACUUGAGUUUUUAUGAUAGAUUCAGAUUUUCGAAAAGAAAUCUCCCAGAAGGGGUGCGGCCUAACCCUCUGUUUUUUAGGCUGGUACAAUUUGUUAGACUAUCGUGUAGCAAUUUGUUUUGUCGUUGUCGUGGUUGUCUUUUUCCAGAGAAGAAAUCCGUUUAGUUGAGAAUGCGAGCCUUAACUGUGUUGUUAGCGUUGAUGGCUGUGUCAGCAACUUCUAAUGCAUACUACAGAGUGUGUUAUUACACAAACUGGGCCCAGUAUCGACCGGUGGGGGCCAAGUUCUUUCCAGAGGACAUUGACCCAUUCCUGUGCACACAUAUCAUAUACUCGUUCGCCAAAAUCAAUCAACAGAACAUGAUUGCCAUGUAUGAAUGGAACGACGAUAAAAUGUACGUCCGAUUUAACAAUUUGAAAGAAAAUAACCCUGAGUUGAAGACACUGUUGGCUGUUGGUGGUUGGAACCAUGAGAGUGGUACUGAAAGUCCAUUCUCUCGCAUGGUGAGAACGAUCGCCACACGAAAAGUCUUCAUUGACUCUGUAAAGAGGUGAGAAACUUGUGUAAAAAAUUGGAAUUCAAAAUCAUGAAUUCAGAUCCUAAUUCUGCCUUGUUCUUGUUUCGAGUUAGAUAGGAAAGUAGUUGGCACUUGCAUCUUUUCAAAGAAAAGAGAACUUCGUGAUCAUUAACAUGGCGGUUUUAUCGUGUAACAAUACGGAAUAGAUUUAUUGUGAGAAAACACGUUUAUUUCGAAUUUGACUAUCCUCGGAUGUUAAGAGUUUUGAAAUACUGUAUUCUUAAAUUUGGAAGAAAGUAGCAAGCAACCAAAGGCGAUGUUCAAUUGAUUGGGUCGUAGUUUCAACUGAAAAAGUAAACCUGUGCCAUUCCACGGACAUAGAAUUUUCCUUCCUGAAGCUUCUGUUUGUUUAGAUUUGUUCUCACUCUUUUCCGCGCUCUCUCUCUCCUUAUUUAGUUUGUUGAGACAGUACAACUUUGAUGGACUUGAUCUAGACUGGGAGUAUCCUGGAAAUCGUGGCAACUCUCCGCCUGGGGACAAACAACUCUUCACAAUCCUUUGCCAAGAACUGCUCACUGCUUUUAAGAAAGAGUCAGCUGAGAGCGGAAAGCCACGACUUCUGCUAACAGCCGCCGUAGCCGCUGGUCACGCAACAAUUGACAAGGCAUACGAGAUCAGCAAAUUAGCUGGCAUUUUAGACUUUAUCAACCUGAUGGCAUACGAUCUUCAUGGAAGCUGGGAUUCCCAGACAGGGCAUCACACUGCUUUGGAGGGUCCCCCAGGUGAUAAACUUACAGUCUCCCACGCAGUGCAAUAUUGGAUGGAUAAGGUAAUGUUUGAUUUUAACAAGGAAGCAUGUCAUUAAUUAGAGAAUUAGACAUCGUUUUCUGAUUUAGGUUGUAUUUUUUCAUGAUAACUUUUAGACACUGAAGUCUCAGUUACAGAAUCGCUUUAGUCAGUGAUUCUUCGAAGUAUCGAAAUCCACUGAGGUGUUGAAACUUUCUUGAAGUUAACUUGUUAGUUUGUCAGUUUUUUGCAAUCGAAGAGUUUCACUUUGAUGCUUAUUUGUUGUACAUUUGUUUCAAUAAGAUUGCUCGGGUUGUUCUGUCCUGUACUGAUUUGUUCAGUCUAAUUACUCGUACCUUUGCACUCUUAGAUUUGUUCCUAUUAUUACUCAGGGUAUGCCGUGUAAGAAAAUCGCUCUAGGAUUAGGAACUUAUGGCCGAGCAUUUAAGCUUGUCAAUCCUAAUAAGAAUGGACUGGGAGCUUCGGCCAGUGGAAAGGCUACCCCAGGGAAAUACACCAGAGAAGGGGGAUUCCUGUCCUAUUACGAGAUUUGUACAAUGGGUCUGACCGUGGUACAGGACAACACAGUGAAAGCCCCGUAUGGAUACAAAGGAGAUCAGUGGGUGGGGUACGAUGAUGAGAUGAGUUUGACACUAAAAGUGAACUCUGUCAUAAAAGAAAAAAAUCUGCUGGGUGCCAUGUUCUGGGCGCUGGAUCUGGAUGAUUUCAAGGGUUCUUUUUGCAAAAAAGGGAGGUAAAAAUACCACGUUACUUUUUUCUUUGAUUUCUUUAACAAAAAAAAACAAUUUCGCAGUUGUGCUCUUCGAACAUUUUAUGUGAUAAAAUGUAGUCUAGUAGAAUAGUUUUAACAGAAAUUGUUGUGCCUUGUCUAACUCAAGAGGUAGUCGAAUUGUGAAUUAUGAUGUUACGAGUUUUCUAAUGUUCCAAGUUGGUACGUAAGUCAAGCUAUGAAAUAACUGAGCGAUUUCUUUCUCCUUUUGCUUCGUCCAGAAAGCUUUGAACAUGUCCCAUACUGUAAGUCAAAUUGAGAGCAGUCUGUUUAUUUCAUUAAUUAUCUACUGACUUCAACCCUGUCUCACUAAGGUAUCCUCUGAUGAAUGCCGUCAAGCAAGCAUUAGGGGGAGGAGGCGGGGGAACAAGACCUCCCAUCCCCUCCCCAUGGCCAGAACCUAGUACCCAGCCCCCUUCUGCUGGGCCUCCUACAGGUGGACCUCCAUCUGGAUCUUGCCAUGCUAUAGGGGCGUGGCAAGGGAAUGCAGGCAUGGAUAAAUGGUGUAAUGAAAACUGUGCCCGGGGAAACUGUCCAGGGUAUUUGUGUGCAUGUACUUGAGAAAGCAAGAGGCCUUCUAUCGGACAAGAAGUAUCAGACUAAUUAUUGUAGUAGGGGAAAAGAGAACGCCUAUUAAACGUUGAAAGUGAAG